UUUCCGAGCACUCCGAGUGCCACGGAGACCACUUUGAAGGAUAUCCUGCGAUCUCGUCAACGCAUGCAAAACGGUGUUCGGGGCAACCCUAAGUCAUGCCUACCAUGCCGUGAACGCAAGGUCAAGUGCGAUAAGGGACGUCCGUGUUUGACCUGUUCAAAACGAGGUCAUGCGGACUUGUGCAGCUACGAACCACGCACAUCCCUUGGGGCCAGAUCCCCCAUUAGGUCCAGGACGCUUCACCCGCCGACUCGCAGUCCGGGAUCUGACCGCAAUCGGCACGACGUAACAUCAUUUUCAACUUCAGAUGCAUAUCAAGACCAUGUAAACGCCAGCCCAGGCCCCAGUACCGCUGCAUCUCCAAAUCCAAGCGGAUCAUCGAGUCAUGGGACUGCGGUGGCAAACAACGGGGAUACUACUUUUCUUGCCGAUAAUUCAGUGGUGAACAUGGCCAGACAGCGGUCUCCUCGCUCACGAGAUGAUCCAGCCCGCCAGUCUGCUUUUGAAACCGGCAUUCUGCCACUCCUAGGGAUCAGCGACGACACAGCAUCGUCUGCGAUGUCAUUUAGCUCCUUGCCAAGUGACCAGGAGAUUGUCCGGCUGUUUGAGGUAUUCCGGCAAAGAGCCCAUCCGUUUCACGUCAUCACGUACAAUCUAGAUCAUAUCGAGGCGAGAGCUUGCGCUCUUGUCACGUCUGGACGCGUUGCGGUCUCAGAAUGUCCAGAAGACCCCUGGUGGCUCUGCCUGCUUCAUGCGAUUCUGGCGACUGGUGCUCAGUUUUCGGAACUGUCGUUUCAUAAAAGGCUAGCCUUGUCACAGCAGCACACAAAACACGCCUUCGACCUUCUCAGAUGCACCGACUAUCUCGCGAAGCCAACUAAAGAAGCAAUCCAAACCUUGCUUCUUCUUGGAAAUGUGUUGCAAAACGACAUGAAACCACAAGCAGCAUGGGUUCUGGGAGGAACCACAAUCCGUCUCGCCCAGUGCCUUGGCAUCCACAAGAAACCCGACCGCUUGGUGCCUGCACUGAUCCCUCCAGAAGAGGCCAAGUAUCUGAGAUUGGCUAUCGUCUGGCAAGACGCUCUUCUGGCACUUGCGUUCGGCCGACCGCCAGCGUCUCAUGAGAUGGAUUUCGAAGAAGACCUACCGCCUCUCACUAAUCCCCCCAUCAAUGGCAAGAUAUCGUAUCUGGAAGCAAUGAACUGGCUAUGCCACGUCACAUUACGUCAUGUGUCUUCUCGAGAAGGUCUUCCAAGCCAACCGCUGGCCAUGCUCGACGACUUGCGUUCAGUGGAGAUCUCCCUAUCACCACACCUUACUGAUCCUCAAAAAGGGAAAUCAAUCCGCAAACUGCAGGAGUUUUACGCUUUUGAACUGCACAAGAAUUUCGUCGUAUCUACUCUUUGUCGACCGUUCAUCUCUAGUUCCAGUUCUAGGCAAGUGAAUGAUGCUGACCGAUCUGUCAUUCUGGAACAGUUUCGAGACUCGCUCCGGCGCAGUGUUCGAGCAUACGUCCGAUUGAGAACAAUAACGGGCCACGCGAGACGUUCCUGGGCUUUCAUUCAUAAUGGGCUCACUUCAGUGUUGUUGCUUAGUCUGAUGCGCGAAACGAGAUACUUACCGGAGACACGGACCUUACAAGACGAGAUGAUUACAAGUCUCUCGGAUUCCGACCCAGAUUCGAUGUCUGAUAGCUCGGGGCAUCUAUCCGAGACUCUGAAAAAGGCACUGAAAGCCCUUCAAACUCUUCAGCGUUUAGCGGAUAGCGACUUGACCUCCCGGGGUCGCAAUGUAGAUGCGGUUAACACAAACGAUCCACCACCGGAGAACAACUCUGGUCAGAACCCAGAUCAACAAGGAGAUCAGGAUAGCUUCUGGAAUAUGGGUGCGGACGACUGGUCCUUUCCUUUCAACUUCGAUAUGUCACCGCUUGGCGCCUUUGACUACAUCAUGUCAGAUCAGAGUUUCUCUGGAGACUCAUUUCUUCCAAUCAUCUAA